CGGGCGCCGCAGUCGAGCGAGAGCAGUGGCCAGGCAAGGCAGCAGCGCAGCUUGGCAGGAAGGGCAGCAGCAGCAGCAGCAGGACGGCCACCAUGGGCACCGUGCUGAGCUUUAGUCCGCGCGAGCAGCGGCGGCCGCCCUACUCCGAGUUCACGCUCAACAACUUCAGCUACGAGCAGCUGAACAACGUCAAGAACAACAAGCAGCCGCUGGACAACGCCAACAGCAACCAAGACAUUAUCUCGGAGAAGAACGCCCUGGAGAAGAACAACUUCAAGAAGCACUCGCUGUUCAUCAACGCGCUCAGCUGGAAGCGCUUUUCCACGGCCGCUUCCACCAAGAAGAAGCAGCAGCUGGACAACAAGAAUAAUUUAAAGGCGGCGGCCGCCUACAAGCCGCCGCCGCUGCUGGUCGACAACAACAAGAACAUCCACAAAGCGAUCGCCUGCUACUACCCCAAGGACAACCUCAACACCGCCAACAACAAUGCCGAUAACAAGCUCGUGUCUAAGCCACAGCUGCCACCGCCGCCGUCGGCCCCGCCGGCCGUCGUCCUCGUGCCGGCCGCCUCGGCCCAACAGCGGCCGCAGACGGUGCCCAUCGCGACUUCGGCGGCCACCGCCGGCGCCCCGCGCAAGACGGUCAUCCAGGCGUCCACCUCAGAGCUGCUCAAGUGCUUGGGGCUGUAUUUGCACUGCAAGUGCCGCAAGCUCAAGGACUUCCAGGCGGGCGACGCCGUCAUGUGGUUACGGACUGUUGACAGAAGCCUCCUGCUGCAGGGUUGGCAGGACGUGGCCUUCAUCAAUCCGGCCAACAUCGUGUUCGUGUACAUGCUGGUGCGCGACCUGGUGCAGGAGGACGUCGAGUCGGAGCAGGAGCUGCAGGCGGUGGUGCUGACCUGCCUCUACCUGUCUUACUCGUACAUGGGCAACGAGAUCUCGUACCCGCUCAAGCCCUUCCUGGUGGAGGACAGCAAGGAGCGCUUCUGGGACCGGUGCCUGCACAUCGUGUCCAGACUGUCGCGCAGCAUGCUGCGCAUCAACGCCGAGCCGGGCUUCUUCACCGAGAUCUUCACGGAGCUGAAGGCGUGCGGCACGCGCCAUUUGCAGCAGCAGCACCAGCAGAUGCAGCACCAGUUCCAGCAGCUGCAGUUGGCGGGCUCGGGCGGCCACGGCGUCGAGUCCAAGUCGGCGCCCAGCACGCCGAUGACGCCGACGUGCGCCGAGGUUGCGCGGCCAGCGGCCUGACGCGUACUCAGCCCGGCCUCUUCCGUCCCACCCACCGUCUGCCACGUGCACCAGUUGGAGAGAACGUCGGUCAGCCUGCUGCCGGGCGUGCACCAGCUGCGCAGGCAGUACAUCACGACCGUGUGACCCCACGACCUGCACCCUCUCAGGGUCACGGCCGUGUGAGAGCGGAGGGCAAACACCGGGCCGGCCGAAGUAAAGACUGCAGAAGUGAGAUGCGUUUCAACAGUGUGCUGGAACUCGAGCGUGAUCGAGUGCUGCGAGACCAGACGCCAGGACCGGACUGAUGUCUAAAAAAGUGUUUUUAGUGCCGGUUGCUAAAGGGGGCAGGUGGCGGUGCGACACGAUUCGCGACUGAACGGCCGCUUUUUCGUUCUCUUUUCGGGGAGAGCACUUCUGACGCUGCUGCAAAUUUGAUGCCGUGCUUGGUUUAUUUUCGGGGAAGGGGGUCAGAACGCGUUCUCGCAGAAACAAUCAGUCUUUCAUAAGUACCAAAUUGCUAUUUAGUCCAAAUCCUUCGAGAAGCAUCUGACUUGCACGAGUAGGCUCCAAAAUAUAGCACAACCACGAUGCACUCCAAGCGGAUCAAAUUUCAGAGCGCCAGAGUGCGGUUCUCCUUUCGAAUGGUGUUGUGAUCGGCCGGCGUUCCUAGGCAGCCCUUUGAAUGGCGUCUUUGAGAGGGCGUCGGCCAAAACGUUUUUGGCAUUCCUUGGAUGGUUUCUCUGUGAUAUUUUCUAGUAAGAUUCGGUUGAUCUCAAAACUUGGAAGCUCCUAAUUGAGUGGAGUGUAAAUUAUUCGUAACCGAAUAUGAGGAGUCGAAGCAUCGCGGUCUCAAUUAGGAGCUUCCACCUUAGAGGUGCUCUUCGCACAUUCCUGCCCGUUUGAGUUCGCGGAACGCUCGGCGGUGAAAACUCGCGCCUAGCGACGAGCCCAAGUCGCCGCUUUUCAGACGUUUCUCGCUCAAGUGCCAAAAUCUUGCGCAACGGGCGAGGAACGCGGCGUGCGUGCGCGUUCGCUAAUAAGAGAGCGAGUUCCGUGAACGAGGCAUCUUGUCGGCGGCGGUGGCCGUUCAGCCGACGCGAAUCGCGCGGCUCCGCAGAAAUCGAUAGCCAAGUGCCCACUUGCAUGAAAAAAUAGGACAUAGCGAAGGUGAACAGGCCCAAUUUCCGCCGUUAUUGUUGCUUGGAACUCUAUAAUUGGUGGCGUAGGCUGAUAAGCAGACGGCAGCUGAAUUUUAAUUGUUAUUAUAACAUUGAGAUUAAAAGAGUUGCAUACUUUACGUAGGAUAUUCGAGUGUAAAAGUGAGAGCGAGAGACAGCGGGGAGAACAAGUGUCGCGCGCCUUUCAUGUCUUAUUCGUGCAUUUUAGCAGAAAAAAAUAAGCAAAAACACACGUCUCUCCACCAUACUCACUCACAGGCUCAGCAUUUUCACCCCAUGUACAUAAUACUCACGGUAAUGGACAGAGUAAGUUGCAAAUUGUCGGUCCACAGUAUAUAGCAUUGUCGCUUUUACCCCCGCCCCCAUCUUAAAUUUAAACGGCCGAAGAGCCAGCUGCUCAAUUUUCAGACGAUUUCUAAUUUUUUCAAAACGUAUAUUUAUUAAUGCCGAUUAUUUUCGCAAGUUUUGCGAAUAACCCGCUCUCGCUUUCUUCCUCAGUCAGCUUUCCGCCAAGCCGUCACGAAUCGCCCUGCGCUGUUCUUGUAAAAAUACGCAUAUAUAGUGUGUACGUCCGUUCACGUGGUUGCUCGUUAUGUAAUUCGAUAUUAAGCAAACAUUUUCUUUCGUAACGUUUUUCUCCACUCUUCCUCGAGAUUAGUGGAUUAGGCAGCUCACACCAAAGAUUCUUGUUCGUGAUAUUGUUUUUGUCCCUCUCGCUUUGCAGAGGGCCUGUGUGUGUGUGAGAGAGAGCGAUUGCAGAGUGUAAAAGGGAAGCAAACUCGCACUGUGUACAUACAAAGAAUACUUCACGCAUAUAGUCCUGACAAUGUGAGAAAAGAGUGUGACUGCACAAUGUGUUGCAAAGGUCAGUGAGAGCAGAGCGUGCGAGGAACAUAAUUCUAUACUUCUUCUUCUUCUUCCUCUUAAGGAGCAGGAAAGUGAUGCACUUUCAGCAGAAAAAAAGCACGUCCCACGGUUAAAAUUACGCAUACACUCAUAAUUCCAGAGGAUAGAUGAUAUUUGUAGAGAUUUAUGCUGUUAAACGAUGAUUAAGGGUACGUUUAAUUGAAAGAGAAUACAAUUACCGCGACCAGGCGCCUGCUGAGUUGAAAACUCAAUGUCGAUACGGUUGUGUUUGUUGGCGAGAGAAAGAGUGCGUGCAGUUCGCAGCUAUAAAAGCCUCACUUUUUACCCCCCGCACGCUGUACUGCCCUGCCUAGGUUCGGAUUCGGAGUAAAUAGCCAGCAGCUCUGUUGUAAAGCCCCGAUUUGGUUGUCGUUCCACGAACUGUUAUUGAUUUUGACGGUUGCAAUGUGAUAGGGUGAAUAGAGGCGUGCACCGCAGGAAUUUGUCCGAUGAGUAGAAACAAUUGUCCAUGAACACCAAAACGAGAGAAAGAGGAUGAGCGAGAUUUUGGAAGCACCCUCCGCUCCGGCGGUUCACGCCGUUCGUGAAUCGGGCGAAUGCGGAGUCCGACUUUCGAACGAGAAAAUAAGCCAAUGGCGUGCGUGAUUCGGUGGCGUCCAAAGUGUUCGCCGGACAGGUUGGUAACUAACUUGCACUGCCUACAGAAUGAAUCACACUCACCUGAGCUUGCACUUAGGACGCCGCGGAAACAGCAACACGCGAGGGCCGCAUUGAUGAGAGAUUACUUAUGCUUAUUCGAUUGGUUAGAGAUUACUAUUGUGUAAAUUAAAAGAGUUAAAGAGAAAAUUUUGAACAAAGAAAAAUUGUGGCACGGAAAGAGUUCGCUAGUAAAUUGUAAAAUUUUGUCGAUAAAUUUUGCGCGUGAAGUUUCGACGACUAACCAAGUAUGAAUUGAAAUCAUUAAAAAAAGAGCGUGUACAAGGUACAAAUACUGUUUUGUAAAUUGCUGUUGGAAAAAGGCGUAUAAAUAUAUUUUGGACACUCACACUCGCGAAAUACAUAAUUAAUAGGGUUGGAUAUAAAGAGCUAGAGUUACGAGAGAGCGCGAGUGGAAAUCUCUAAAAAAGCGUGAAAUUAAAAACUGCUGAUCGUCGCGACUGCUUGAUAUGCGGGACUAAAAUACACAUACUUGUUAUUUUUCAGUCUUUUAUCCCUCUUUUGCGAGAGUGCGAGAGUUGUGUAAGUGCGAAGGUGCAAAUUAAUAAAGCAUACCCUUGAUAUUAGAAUAAAA